CAUGAAAGCUUGCCGCUCUAGGACUCCGCACUCGCUCUCCUUAACCCUUGGGGUUCCGCAGGAGGCUGCGAGGCUGCGAGAGAGUCUGGCGGGGGAAGAUCCAGACGUGGCUCGGAUACAGAAACUGGAAGCCAUUUGUGGUCUUUGCAAACCAAAAUUUAUUUCUUGGGGGAAGAAGAAAAAGAGCGGAAUCCCUUGGAGGGAUCAGUCCUGCAGCCCCAGAAAUGGUCCCGUGAAGGAAAAGGCAUCUGGAGACCCACCAGAGUCCUUGGAGCCAUUUGCAGUUGCUCUGCAGGACAGAGAAAGGAUGGAGACACAACCUUUUGGAAAGGAGGGAAGCGGAAAAGGCCCUUCAGCUGCUCAGCCUGGGAAGGGAGGGAAGCUCUGGACAAGGACUGGGCAGGAGAUCCUGGAGGAGGAAACCCUCCUCCCUUCAGAAGUUCAGCCCUGGAACUUCACCCAAUGCCAGGAGGCUGAGGGUCCUCGAGGAUUUUGCAGCCACCUCCAUGGCUUUUGCAGGCGAUGGCUGAGACCAGAAAAGCACACCAAAGCUCAGAUGCUGGACCUGGUGGUUCUGGAGCAGUUCCUGGCUCUUCUGCCCCCAGAGAUGGAGAGCUGGGUGCGGGAAUAUGGAGGGGAGACCAGCUCCCAGGCGGUGGCCCUGGUGGAAGGCUUCCUCCUGAGCCAAGCGGAAGACCAGAAGGAGCAGGCUGAGUUGCAGUGCUGUACUGUGGAGAUCAGAGAUCCUGAGGGAAAGAAGAACCCACCAAAUCCCCCUCCGGAGCUAUUUUUCAGGAGGAUCCCUUGGGAGGAUCAAACUCAGGACACCUCAGGAGAGAAACAAAGAAUGAAAUUUUCUGGUUUUUAUGACGGUGAUCAAACAGCGGUUGAACCUCUAAAUCAAGAGAGUCUCGUGUCCUUCGAGGAGGUGGCUGUGUAUUUCUCUGAGGAGGAAUGGUCUCUGCUGGAUCCUGACCAGAAAGCGCUGCAUUCGGAAGUCAUGUUUGAAAACUAUAGGAAUGUGGUCUCUCUCAGUAAUAAUGGUCAGGAGAAUCAAGAUUUUGGUGAACUGUUCCAAGUGAUCAAUGCUAAAGCUGGAACGGAGAAGUUUGGAAUUCGAAUGGAAUACGGAAACCAUGACAGAAACCAGUCGAAUAAUUGGAAUCAGGGAAACUCAUCUUCCACUGAUGCUCCGAUGCAAGACUUUCUUGCCCAACAGGAGAAAAUAAGGAAAAAAUAUAUUGGGGAAAGUGUGAAGCCAAUCAAAGCUAAAUUACAAGUAAAAGAACACUAUAUAAGCCAAAACAAAGGAGAAGAUGCUAUAAGAAGACACAACGGACAAAGUUACAAUGGGACAUUCAUUCCUUUUCUUGGAAAUAAGUUCCUUACAUCUCAAUCGGUGAUUGACACAAAAGAGAAGCCUUACAAAUGUUUGGAAUGUGGAACAUGUUUUAGAACAAGCAGGCAACUUACUUCCCACGAAGGGAUUCACACUGGGGAGAAGCUAUACAAAUGCAGAGAGUCUGGUAACCGGUUCAGAAGAUGUAGUAAUCUUAUUUCCCCUAAAAGAAUCCACGCAGGGGAAAAGCCAUUCAAAUGCAUGGAGUGUGGAAAAACCUUUGCUUAUAGCAAGGGACUUACUACCCACAAAAUGAACCACACAGGGGAAAAGCCAUUUAAAUGCAUGGAGUGUGGAAAAACCUUUGCUCAAAGGAGUAGUCUUAUUUCCCAUAAGAGGGUCCACACAGGGGAGAAGUCAUAUAAAUGCAUGGAGUGCGGAAAGACGUUUGGUCAAAGAGGUCAUCUUAUUUCCCACAAAAUGAUCCACACAGGGGAGAAGCCGUAUAAAUGCAUGGAGUGCAAAAAAACUUUUGCUCGUAGAAGUAGUCUUAUUUCCCAUAAGAGGAUCCACACAGGGGAGAAGCCGUAUAAAUGCAUGGAGUGUGGAAAAACCUUUGCUCAAAGUGGUAAUCUUUUUUCCCAUAAGAGGAUCCACACAGGGGAAAAGCCAUUUAAAUGCAUGGAGUGUGGAAAGACCUUUGCUAAGAGCAGUGUCCUAAGAGUACAUGAAAGGCGCCACACAGAGGAGACGCUGUAUAAAUGCAUGGAAUGUGGAAAGACCUUUGCUUCUAGUAAUGGACUUACUAUCCACAAAAUGAUCCACACAGGGAAAAAGCCAUUUCAAUGCAUGGAGUGUGGAAAGACCUUUGCUUAUAGUAAUGGACUUACUGUCCACAAAAUGAUCCACACAGGAGAAAAGCCAUUUAAAUGCAUGGAGUGUGGAAAAACCUUUGCUCAAAGAGGUCAUCUUAUUUCCCAUAAGAGGAUCCACACAGGGGAAAAGCCAUUUAAAUGCGUGGAGUGUGGAAAGACCUUUGCUCACAGCAGUGUCCUAAGAGUACAUGAAAGGCGCCACACAGGGGAGAAGCCGUAUAAAUGCAUGGAAUGUGGAAAGACCUUUGCUUCUAGUAAUGGACUUACUAGCCACAAAAUGAUCCACACAGGGGAAAAGCCAUUUCAGUGUAUGGAGUGUGGAAAGUCCUUUCCUUAUAGUAGUGGACUUACUAUCCACAGAACGAUCCACACAGAGGAAAAGCCAUUCAAAUGCAUGGAGUGUGGAAAAACCUUUGCUUAUAGCAAUGGACUUACUACCCACAAAAUGAUCCACACAGGGGAAAAGCCAUUCAAAUGCAUGGAGUGUGGAAAAACCUUUGCUCAAAGGAGUAGUCUUAUUUCCCAUAAGAGGGUCCACACAGGGGAGAAGCCAUAUAAAUGCAUGGAGUGCGGAAAGACCUUUGCUCAAAGAGGUCAUCUUAUUUCCCAUAAGAGGAUCCACACAGGGGAGAAGCCGUAUAAAUGCAUGGAGUGCAAAAAAACUUUUGCUCGUAGAAGUAGUCUUAUUUCCCAUAAGAGGAUCCACACAGGGGAGAAGCCGUAUAAAUGCAUGGAGUGCGGAAAAACCUUUGCUCAAAGUGGUCAUCUUUUUUCCCAUAAGAGGAUCCACACAGGGGAAAAGCCAUUUAAAUGCAUGGAGUGUGGAAAGACCUUUGCUCAGAGCAGUGUCCUAAGAGUACAUGAAAGGCGCCACACAGAGGAGAAGCUGUAUAAAUGCAUGGAAUGUGGAAAGACCUUUGCUUCUAGUAAUGGACUUACUAUCCACAAAAUGAUCCACACAGGGGAAAAGCCAUUUCAAUGCAUGGAGUGUGGAAAGACCUUUGCUUAUAGUAAUGGACUUACUGUCCACAAAAUGAUCCACACAGGAGAAAAGCCAUUUAAAUGCAUGGAGUGUGGAAAAACCUUUGCUCAAAGAGGUCAUCUUAUUUCCCAUAAGAGGAUCCACACAGGGGAAAAGCCAUUUAAAUGCGUGGAGUGUGGAAAGACCUUUGCUCACAGCAGUGUCCUAAGAGUACAUGAAAGGCGCCACACAGGGGAGAAGCCGUAUAAAUGCAUGGAAUGUGGAAAGACCUUUGCUUCUAGUAAUGGACUUACUAGCCACAAAAUGAUCCACACAGGGGAAAAGCCAUUUCAGUGCAUGGAGUGUGGAAAGUCCUUUGCUUAUAGUAAUGGACUUACUAUCCACAAAACGAUCCACACAGAGGAAAAGCCAUUUAAAUGCAUGGAGUGUGGAAAGUCCUUUGCUUAUAGUAAGAGACUUACUAUCCAUAAAAUGAUCCACACAGAGGAAAAGCCAUUUAAAUGCAUGGAGUGUGGAAAGUCCUUUGCUUAUAGCAAGGGACUUACUAUCCACAAAAUGAUCCACACAGGGGAAAAGCCAUUUAAGUGCAUGGAGUGUGGAAAAACCUUUGCUCAAAGAGUUCAUCUUGUUCACCAUAAGAGGAUCCACACAGGGGAGAAGCCAUAUAAAUGCAUGGAAUGUGGAAAGACCUUUGCUCGAAGAAAUUAUCUUAUUUCCCAUAAGAGUAUCCACACAGGGGAGAAACCGUAUAAAUGCUUGGAGUGUGGAAAGUCCUUUGCUCAGAGCAGUGUCCUAAGAGUACAUGAAAGGCGCCACACAGGGGAGAAGCCGUACAAAUGCAUGGAAUGUGGAAAGACCUUUGCUUAUAGUAAUGGAUUUACUAUCCACAAAAUGAUUCACACAGGGGGAAAGCCAUUUAAAUGCAUGGAGUGUGGAAAGUCCUUUGCUUAUAGUAAUGGACUUACUAUCCACAAAAUGAUCCAUACAGGGGAAAUGCCGUUUAAAUGCAUGGAGUGUGGAAAGUCCUUUGCUUAUAGUAAGGGACUUAAUAUCCACAAAAUGAUCCACACAGGGGAAAAGCCAUUUAAGUGCAUGGAGUGUGGAAAGUCCUUUGCUUAUAGUAAGGGACUUACUAUCCACAAAAUGAUCCACACAGGGGAAAAGCCAUUUAAAUGCAUGGAGUGUGGAAAAACCUUUGCUCAAAGGAGUAGUCUUAUUUCCCAUAAGAGGAUCCACACAGGGGAGAAGCCAUAUAAAUGCAUGGAGUGUGGAAAAACCUUUGCUUAUAGCAAGGGACUUACUACCCACAAAAUGAUCCACACAGGGGAAAAGCCAUUUAAGUGUAUGGAGUGUGGAAAAACCUUUGCUCGAAGAAGUAGUCUUAUUUCCCAUAAGAGGAUCCACACAGGGGAGAAGCCAUAUAAAUGCAUGGAAUGCGGAAAGACCUUUGCUCAAAGAGGUCAUCUUAUUUCCCAUAAGAGGAUCCACACAGGGGAGAAGCCGUAUAAAUGCAUGGAGUGUGAAAAGACGUUUGCUCAAAAAGGUCAUCUUAUUUCCCACAAAAUGAUCCACACAGGGGAGAAGCCAUAUGAAUGCAUGGAGUGCAAAAAAACCUUUGCUCGAAGAAGUAGUCUUAUUUCCCAUAAGAGGAUCCACACAGGGGAGAAGCCGUAUAAAUGCCUGGAGUGUGGAAAGGCCUUUGCUCGAAGAAGUAAUCUUAUUUCCCAUAAGAGGAUCCACACAGGGGAGAAGCCGUAUAAAUGCAUGGAGUGUGGAAAAACCUUUGCUCAAAGAGGUCAUCUUAUUUGCCAUGAAAGGUUCCACACAGGGGAGAAACCGUGUAAAUGCAUGGAGUGUGGAAAGACGUUUGGUCAAAGAGCUCAUCUUAUUUCCCACAAAAUGAUCCACACAGGAGAGAAGCCGUAUAAAUGCAUGGAGUGCGAAAAAACCUUUGCUCGAAGAAGUAGUCUUAUUUCCCAUAAGAGGAUCCACACAGGGGAGAAGCCGUAUAAAUGCAUAGAGUGUGGAAAAACCUUUGCUCAAAGAGGUAAUCUUAUUUCCCAUAAGAGGAUCCACACAGGGGAGAAGCCGUAUAAAUGCAUGGAGUGUGGAAAAACCUUUGCUCAAAGAGGUAAUCUUAUUUCCCAUGAAAGGUUCCACACAGAGGAGAAACUGUGUAAAUGCAUGGAGUGUGGAAAGACGUUUGGUCAAAGAGGUCAUCUUAUUUCCCACAAAAUGAUCCACGCACGAGAGAAGCCGUAUAAAUGCAUGGAGUGCGAAAAAACCUUUACACGAAAAAGUAGUCUUAUUUCCCAUAAGAGGAUCCACACAGGGGAAAAGCCCUAUAAAUGCAUAGAGUGUGGAAAAACCUUUGCUCACAAAUGUAGUCUUAUUUCCCAUAAGAGGAUCCACACAGGGGAGAAGCCGUAUAAAUGCAUGGAGUGUGGAAAGACCUUUGCUAAGAACUGUGACCUAAGAGCACAUGAAAGUUUCCACACAGGGGAGAAACCGUAUAAAUGCAUGGAGUGUGGAAAGACGUUUGGUCAAAGAGGUAAUCUUAUUUCCCACAAAAUGAUCCACACAGGGGAGAAGCCAUAUGAAUGCAUGGAGUGCAAAAAAACCUUUGCUCGAAGAAGUAGUCUUAUUUCCCAUAAGAGGAUCCAUACAGGGGAGAAGCCGUAUAAAUGCCUGGAGUGUGGAAAGGCCUUUGCUCGAAGAAGUAAUCUUAUUUCCCAUAAGAGGAUCCACACAGGGGAGAAGCUGUAUAAAUGCAUGGAAUGUGGAAAGAUGUUUUCUGAAAGAGCUCAUCUUAUUUGCCAUGAGAGGAUCCACACAGGGGAGAAGCCAUAUAAAUGAACGGAGUGUGGAAAGGGCUUUCCUCAGAAAGUUAGUCUUACUUCUCAUAAAAGGAUCCACGCUCAGGAGAAACUGCGUAGCAAUAGUAAUUCCACUUAGACUUAUAUACCAGUCUAUAAUGCUUUGUAGCACACUUUGGCAGUUUACAAAAUCAGCAUAUGGUCUCCAGCAAUCUGGGUCCUCAUUUUAACCACCUCAGAAGGAUGAAAGCUGAAUCAACCAUGACCCUGUCAGAAUCAAACUUAUGGCUGUGGGCAAUUAGCCUAUAGUACUGCGUUCUAACCGCUGAUCCACCACCAUAGAUUUUGAUUUGUAUGCAUAUUGUGCCUUUCGGAUCCAAACAAGACAAGGUAGAAUCCAACAAAAUGAAAUUUAAUGUGGAGAAAAGUAAGCUUUUACAUCUGGGCAGGAAAACAGAUUACCUGAAACCUGGCUGGAAAAUAGUAACUGUGAAGGGUCCUUGGAGUCGGAAUGGAUGAUCAAUGAAGUAUGAAUCACCUGUGUGCGGCAGCAGCCAAAAAAAUGAAUACAAUCCUUGGUUGUAUAAACAGAGGCAUAGAAUAAAAAUAACAUGAAGUAUUAGUACCGCUUCAUAAAGACUUAGUAAGACCACCCCUGGAAUACCGCAUCCUGUUUGGGUCAUCACAUUGCAAAGCAGAUGUUGAAACUUUGGAAAAAGAGCAAAGAAGAGCAGCUAAGCUGAUUAAAGGCCGGAAGACUAAAAUAAGAACUAUUAUAGGAACUGGGCAUGGCUAGUCUAGUGAAGAGAAGGACCAGCGGAGACAGGAUAGCAGUGUUCCAAUAUUUGAGGGGCUGCCACAGAGAGGAGAGGGUCAAUGUCGGAUAUGCUUCCUUCAAAGUCCAAGAAAGAAUGACCCACCAUUUCCAAGGCAGCCAAAGCAGUAAAAGGCGACUAUUUUCCAAGGCACCUGAAGGCCAGACAAGGAAUAAUGGAUGGAAACUUAUCAAGGAGCGAUUCUACCUAGAAAUAAGGAGAAAUUUUCUGACAGAACAAUCAACCAAUAAAAGAGCUUGCCUUCGGAGGUUGUGGGCGCUUCAUCGCUCGUGGCUUUCAAGAUGAGAUUGGACUGCCAUUUGUCAGAAACAGUGUAGGGUCUCCUGCUUGGGCGGGGGGUUGGACUAGAUGAAUGACAAAGUCCGUUCCAACUUUCCAAACCACCAGAGGGCAAGAUAAGGAACAAUGGAUGGAAACUAAUCAAGGAGAGAAGCAUCUUGGAACUUUCUUACGGUGAGGACAAUUCACCCGUGGAACAGCUUCCCUUUAGAUAGCGUGGGUGCUUCCUCACUGGACACUUUUAAGAAGAGACUGGACAGUUUCAAGUAACUCUCUCUGAUGAGUAUAUCCACUAGAGCAGAGUUGCAGGCAGAAAUGCAAUUAGUCCUGAAUCCCUUACUAUUAAUUUCAGCUUUUCUUACUUUGCUUAGUAUUAUCACAGUCUGCCUUUCCACCAUUUCACUUUAUACAAGUAAUAACUGAGAAAGACAACCAUAAGGAGAACGGGGUUGUAGUGAUGCUGAGUUAGAAAAUGCAACUCAUAGGCUCUUUGUACUAAUUUUGUGGUGAUCUUUCCUUGCCUUCCCUCGUGUUGCCCAUCUCUGGACUCACACAAUCUUAUCAAUACAUUUUUUAAAGUGAAGUCUCCAGAACUGGACACAGUAUUCCAAAUGGAGUCUCACUAAAGCCCUAUGUAGAGGGAUAGGAGCUCCUUUUUGCUGAGGGUGGUACAUCUGGUGAUGCAUCUCAGAAUUUUGUUUGCCUUCCCAGCUGCCUGGCUACACUGCUUACUUAUGUUGCAGUUAUCAUCGUUUCAGUGCCAUGGCAACUAUUUUCACAGAGUUGUGUAAAAGAAGGGAAGAGAAAGCAGUGGUAGGGAUAUGUGGUUGCAUAUUAAGUUCCCAUAGGUAGGCAGCCUGCUGGCCAACCCAGGCAGUCCCUGAUUUACAAUAAUUUAUUAAGUAACCGUUUGAAGUUCCAAUGGCAAUAAAUGAUGGCUCUGAUCUCCCCCCCUCCCAAAUUAGGCCUACUCCAGGAUAUGAGAAUGAAAACCACUCUGGUGUGCUAACAUUGCAAAGGAUCAAUCAAGAAGGAAGAUAUUUGGAAAUCAAUGGGGACCAAAAUAAGAUGAAAUUAAGAACUACUUCAAAAAAUUACUUCAGUCCUUCCUGAUGAAACAUGCAGAAAUGCGAAUGGGAACUUUCUCUGGGAUAUCCAGAUACCAAAAAUAAUCCAGCCUGCCAACAAAGGAGACAAUGUGUAGCUCAUGGUUGAAAUGAGGGGUCCUUGGUGGUCUCUGAGCUUGAUUGUGUUGUUGCAGACCUUUCAUUAGCCAAACGAGGGACGAUCAUCACUGCACCAACCAACCUCAGAGGGCACCAAGGACCCCUCAAUCCAACUUGCAUCCACUGUGUCAAAUUAAUCACUGUCAACGAGGAUGAAUGCAGAAUCAAGGAACCGUUUUAGGCCAAAGACCUCUUAGGAUGUGAUGGAAUAAUGAGAGAUGUCUGUAGACUGCAUGCAGAAAGCUUCAGGGUGAACAAUUUGCCUUUCAAGCAAGAGGCCGGAAUGAACAGAAGGAAACAAAUGCAUGGGGAAAAUUUAUUUUUCAAGCAUUAGGGCCACAUUCUUCUAUUUUUAUGAUGUGUCAUAACAUUAAGUAACUUAAAAUUAACUAUCAGUCAUGUAGUUACUUGCUAAAGAUGCAUAAAAUUCUCAAUGGAGCCUUCAGCUUUCCUUGUUUUGCUUUUGCUUUUUCGUUUUCAUUUUCUCUUUUCAUUUAUGGUCUAAUGAUAUAUCCCUGUAUUCAAUUCUCCAAGGGCCUUAAGUUUCCUAAUCACAUUUCUUGAGGUGAAUUCCCUACUCAAUCCCUAUGUAAAAAUGGUUUUUCCUCCUCAUAGUUUAGCUUUCUAUUCCUUUUUCAGGAUCUUCCUUUUCUUUCAUCAGAAGAGACCGGAGGGGUCCCUGCCCUUUCUCCUCCCCCCUUUGCUGGGAGGCUGAGCGAAUAGUGUGGGAAGGGCAGCUGCAUGUAUUGAAUUAAAUAAAAAAGAAAUAAAAACAUUUUCCUGA